AUGAGCCGGCCGCUGGCGCUCGCGGGCUGGAGCCGAGAAGUUGGGCGCGGGGUACAGUUCCUACCGCGCCGCUGGGCACAGGCGUCCGCGCUGCAGUCAGGAUUUGCUACCGGGCGCCUCGCGGCGGCCGCCUCGGCCAAGGAGCUGGCGUGCCAGGAGAUCACCGUGCCGCUGUGCCGCGGCGUUGGCUACAACUACACCUAUAUGCCCAACCAGUUCAACCACGACACGCAGGACGAGGCGGGCCUGGAGGUGCACCAGUUCUGGCCGCUUGUGGAGAUCCAGUGCUCGACCGACCUCAAGUUCUUCCUGUGCUCCAUGUACACGCCCAUCUGCCUGGAGGACUACAAGAAGCCGCUGCCGCCCUGCCGCGCCGUGUGCGAGCGCGCCAAGGCCGGCUGCCCCGGGUGCCAGUGCCGCGCGCCUAUGGUCAGCGUGUCCAGCGAGCGCCACCCGCUUUACAACCGCGUCAGGACCGGCCAGAUCGCCAACUGUGCGCUGCCUUGCCACAACCCCUUCUUCAGCCAGGAUGAGCGCGCCUUCACCGUCUUCUGGAUUGGCCUGUGGUCGGUGCUCUGCUUCGUGUCCACCUUCGCCACCGUGUCCACCUUCCUCAUCGAUAUGGAGCGCUUCAAGUACCCCGAACGGCCCAUCAUCUUCCUCUCGGCCUGCUACCUCUUCGUGUCGGUCGGCUACCUGGUACGCCUGGUGGCGGGACACGAGAAGGUGGCCUGCAGCGGCGGGGGCGCGGGGGCAUUGGCCUGUGGUCGGUGCUCUGCCGGUCGGCUACCUGGUACGCCUGGUGGCGGGACACGAGAAGGUGGCCUGCAGCGGCGGGGGCGCGGGGGCGCGACCACGGGCCCCGCGCUGUGCACCGUCGUCUUCCUGCUCGUUUACUUUUUCGGCAUGGCCAGCUCCAUCUGGUGGGUGAUCCUGUCGCUCACCUGGUUCCUGGCGGCCGGCAUGAAGUGGGGCAACGAGGCCAUCGCCGGCUACUCGCAGUACUUCCACCUGGCCGCCUGGCUGGUGCCCAGCGUCAAGUCCAUCGCCGUGCUGGCGCUCAGCUCGGUAGACGGCGACCCGGUGGCCGGCAUCUGCUACGUGGGCAACCAGAGCCUGGACAACCUGCGGGGCUUCGUGCUGGCGCCACUGGUCAUCUACCUCUUCAUCGGCACCAUGUUCCUGCUGGCCGGCUUCGUGUCGCUCUUCCGCAUCCGCUCCGUCAUCAAGCAGCAGGGCGGCCCCACCAAGACGCACAAGCUGGAGAAGCUCAUGAUCCGCCUGGGGCUCUUCACCGUGCUCUAC